AAGCGCGAAUUUAUAAUAGUAAGACACGUGGCAGCUUGAAGACCGUUGAUCCUUUUAAAGUGGUGUUUUGGUCAUUUCACACUACAGCAAAGUGCCGCAGACUCAUCCCGCUAGUACACAGUUCCCUUUCCCAGAAGAGAAAGAGCUGAGAUUUAGCUCUCUUUAGCUCCUUCUAUGGCGUCUCUAUCGUUCACUCACUUGUUCUCAUUACCCAGGUGCCACUCGAAUUGGCCGUCCUGUUAUACGUCACGGAAACUUGUACAACUUCAGGAGUUUAGGUUGCAGAAUAAGAAGUGGGCUUUUGCUGCUAGAAAGAAAGCUGCAGAGAAUUUGGAUUCAGAAGCAUCAGAUGGGGAUGAGGUCGUGGUGAAGAAGAAGACGACUAGGACUUCUAAACGGACUUGGAAGAAAGAGAUAACGGAAACUCCUGAAGAGGAUUCUGAAUUGGAGGUAACUAGUGAUGGAGAGAGUGUUGAUAGCAUAGUUUCCGUGUCUAGUAAGGACACUAAGAAGUCUCCACGGAAGACUCGAAAGAAAGCUUCUUCUGCUACUAGUAGCUCGGAGAAUGUGGUGACUGAGAAGAAGGUAAGGAGGAGGAGGAAGACUAAGCGGAAAGAUGAUUCUGAUAACGAAGAUGCGUUUAGUGACUCAGAAAUGAGUGAGCCCGAGGAGUCAACUUUUAUUGCAAAUGUUGAGGAUGAAAGUGAGGAAGAGUUAAAAAUAGAUGAGGGAGAGGAUAUUAGCUUCACGUAUGGUUGGCCGCCACUUGUUUGUUGCUUCGGAGCUGCACAACAUGCUUUUGUGCCAGCAGGAAGACCAGCCAAUAGACUUGUAGAUUAUGAAGUACACGAAAGAAUGAAAGAAGCUUUGUGGGCUCCUGAAAAAUUUGUCAGGGCUCCAGGGGGAUCUGCAGGAAGUGUUGCAAUUGCUCUUGCCAGCUUAGGUGGUAAAGUUGCUUUCAUGGGGAAACUUGGUAGUGAUGACUAUGGUGAGGCUAUGUUGUGUUAUAUGAAUGCCAACAAUGUUCAAACCAGAUCAGUUCGUAUUGAUAGUAAACGGGUAACUGCGGUAUCACAUAUGAAAAUUAGCAAAAGGGGCCGUUUGAGAAUGACUAGUGUUAAACCUUGUGCAGAGGAUUCUUUAUCAAAGACUGAAAUCAAUAUUGAUGUUCUGAAGGAGGCAAAGAUGUUCUACGUCAGCACACAUUCCCUGCUUGAUCCAAACAUGAGAUCAACUACAUUGCGAGCAAUUAAGAUUUCUAAGAAAUUAGGAGGAGUUAUAUUCUAUGAUGUAAAUCUUCCAUUGCCCCUUUGGCACUCUAGUGAAGAAGCCAAGACUUUCAUACAACAAGUGUGGAAUCUUGCAGAUAUUAUUGAAGUUACCAAGCAAGAACUUGAAUUCCUAUGCGGGAUAGCACCCUCAGAGGAAUUUGACACCAAAAACAAUGCUAAAUCUAAAUUUGUUCAUUACAAACCAGAAGUAGUUGCACCACUUUGGCAUGAAAAUCUCAAGGUAUUGUUCGUGACAAACGGUACUUCCAAGAUCCACUACUACACUGCAGAGCACAACGGUGCCAUUAAUGGGAUGGAAGAUCCUCUUCUUACUCCUUUUACUGGUGAUAUGUCAGCAUCUGGAGAUGGCAUUGUAGCAGCGUUCUUGAGAAUGUUGACUGUCCAGCCAGAUAGAAUUACUGAUAAAGGAUACUUAGAGCGCACAAUUAGGUAUGCAAUUGAUUGUGGGGUCAUAGACCAAUGGGCCCUUGGACGAGUGCGUGGCUUCCCUCCGAAAGAAGGUAUGGAAGAAGAAGUGGUUCCUGAUGAAAAUGGCAUUAGGUCCAUAAAAGAAAUGGAAUACCGCACUGUAGUAGAGUCUGUUAGUUGAUCUUGGUUGUAGCACUGACAAGUAUAAUUUAUGCUAUUAUAUCCCUAGAGAAGCUGAGAAUUUUCCCUCCUGUAAAGUCGAGAUUUUUCUUCUUUUUUUUGGGACAACUAGGAUGUAACUUUAAUUCUGAACCGCCAAUUUUGUAUUCCAUUGAUAGAUCACAAUCUCACAAUUCUUUUAGCA